AUGCUUUCACCAACCGCCGGUUUCCUUCUGCUAUGCGCCUUGCAGCCGGCGCUCGCCCAAGCAGCAGUUGAUUGCAGCAGCAACAAGCUCCUCUUCAAGCAAGUUACCCCUCACGAAAUAAUCAUGGGCUACAAGACCAAAAAUACCGGCUGCGACGCUGGUGUCAAGGCCUGGGUCGGCAUCUGGGAUGCCAAUGCCGCGCUCAAAACUAACUUCAAGGCCUGGAAGUACUUGGAGGCGAAUGAUGGAGAGGUGCGGUUCACCAAGACUGAGCUGGGAGAUGGGCAAUGGAAAGCUGCCUUUGUUUGCGAAGACGGAUGGCGAAUCCCCUUUUUGUUGUCUGACAACUUUGAGCUUGGAAGCCGUGUUUCUUCCACUGGCACUUGCAUGGUGAGAAGAGACAUUCCGGGUUCAGAGUGGGAAACUUGGUCAUGUGAUGAGUUUGACGAAGAUUGCAGCUUCGACUGCGGACACACUCUGUCAUGCGGUUUGUGCAACGAUUGCGCGAGACAGUGCAACAUGCCGGCCGACUACGAGGACUACUCAUGGGGAGAUGACUCAAAAUGGUCCGUCAAUUAA